AUAGAAUCGCACAUUUAUUCUACAACUUCUGCAAUCAAUACAAUUUCGACAAUGACAACUUCAUCAAACGAGGUCAAAAAUGAAAACCAAACCAUCCUCCCAUUUACCCCAUCGGAUGAACUGUCUUCAACUCAAGAAUCUGUGAAUUCACGAAGUAACACAGAACCUGUUUCUAAUCAGUCUUCUGUUGAACGAAGGACCUGGGAGUUCAUUUGGAAGACUUUCAUCAUAGUGUCAGUACAGAUUACAAUUGUGUGGGAAAUCUGCGCUCUUGUGUUACUUGUUUCGCAAAUUUAUGAAUGGAUGAAAGAAAAUACUUGGUUUUCAUGGACGUGUGGAAUUCUGGGAACAGUUCUACAACUUGAGAUGCUACUGAUACCGCAGUUACAGUUUGCCUUCCCCUAUAACUAUAUCUACUUGAUAAUUGCUACAAUAAUCGUUGCCUUUGCUGCAGCUGUUCCACUCAUCGACUUACCAUUCUGGUGGACAUUUGUCACAUGGACAAUUACUGUGAUUAUUGCGGGAAUUGUAGUAGCUGUCAGUGUCGUCAACAGAUUCGAUGUGCUCAAGAGUUUUGGGGAGUUCAUACUUGUCACUUUCAUUGUGGAAUUGGCCUUUGUAAUAAUAUUCUUCCCUUUCAUAUUCUGGCGAGAAUUUGACAUACUCAUAAUAGUGUGUGGAUUCGCCAUGAUGUGGACAGUUAUUUCGAAACCUCAUUCACAUAAUCCAGGAACUCACUCACUCAAAUCAUGUAUCACGGAAUUAUCAAAGAAUGUAACAGAAAGGUUUUAUGCUGUGGACAAGCUCCCAGAGCACUUGAAGGAACAGCAGACUACUAUUCUACUGGAAAGUCCUAUAUGAGUAGUAAGUAGACAUACACUGAAAAUUCAGUAUGAUGUGUGAACGUAUUAUUCAGAUUAAAGCUCUCAUUAUAAUUUUUUCAGUAAUUUCCAUACACUCGAAUACCACAUUUAUCAAGUGGACUUUACAAAUAAUUGACUUCUGC